AUGGCGUCACCGAACAGAAUCGAACAAAAAGCCGGGUGGAAGAUCCUAAUCACCGGAGCUGCCGUGGCAUUGGCGCAUCGCGUCGAACAACACAACGCCCUCAAAAAGGCCGUUUCAACACUCACAGUUGACGGUAAAGCACCCAUUGAAAUCAAAACGCCCCGCCGUGUCGAAAAAGUCGACCCAUACAAUGCGGCCAUCAGUUUUGCAGAUGGAACCCAAAUUCAGGGAGAUUUGGUAGUUGGUGCAGAUGGAGUUCACUCAAUCUCGAGAACCUCCUUGCACAUCAAGCCAUUUCCCAGCGGUAAAAGCGCAUUCCGCUUCCUACUUCCCAAGCAGAAAGCUUUAGACGACCCAGAAACAGCAGCAUUGGUCCAACAUAUUGGCGAACAAAAUAUGUGGUUUGGCGUCGAUGGUCGAAUCAUCAUGUCUCCCACUUCUCACAACAGUAUCCUCAAUUUCACCAUUAUUCACCCAGACAAGGAGUCUGCGAGCGAAACAGCUGGGUCUGAUACUUGGGAUCAAUCUACGAAUCUGGACAAGAUGCUCAAGAUCCUCUCUUCUUUCAGCCUUGCUAUUGUGAAACUCCUGUCUAAGGUGGAACCCGAGAGCGUCCGUGUCUGGAAGUUGAUAGACAUGGAUCCACUGCCCAGGUUGAAUGAAAGCCGGUUGGUUCUGAUUGGUGACGCGGCUCAUCCAUUUUUCCCUCGUAUUGGAGUUUUUUACCACUAG